AUGUCGUCUCGUAGGCUGUACCUUGGCCGUCUCCCGACGGAUGCCCAACAGUCAGACGUCCAAAAGCUUUUUGAUGGGUAUGGGCCCGUCACCGAAUGUCGGGUUAUGACUGGAUUUGGCUUCGUUGAGUUCGAGAAUCCCAAAGAUGCCGAGGACGUCGUGCAGAAAUUCAACGGAACACAAUUCAUGGGUAACAGUAUAAUUGUGGAGUUUGCCCGUGAUAACAGGCGUCGUGACGAACGUCGUCGUGACCCUCCCCCUCGUGCUAGGAGACCUCCUCCAGGCCAUCGUGUCAUUGUCACUGGCCUGUCCAGGGAUACGAGUUGGCAAGAUCUCAAGGAUUUCGGUCGUGACACCGGUGGUCAGAUUACUUUUGCCGACAUCGACUAUCCUGGCAGCGGGAUUCUCGAAUACGUCACUCAGGAGGAUGCCGAUGAUGCGGUGAGAAAGCUCGAUGGCAAGGACCUCCGUGGCGUUAGCGUUCGUGUCGAGCAUGGAGAUAAUAGUAAAGACCGCUACCGUGAUCGUUCUCCGCGACGCUCUCGUUCGCCUCCGCGUCGGUAUGACGAGCGCUCUCCUCCCAGGAGGUAUUAUGAUCGUGAACGUUCCCCUCCCUAUAGACGGGAUGACUAUACCCGCCGCCGCUCGCCGCCCCCAAGGCGGGACGACAGGGAGAGGGAUUAUGAUAGGCGUGACAGGGAUCGUGAUGAUUUUAGAAGAGAUGACAGAGAUAGGGAAUUUGAUAGGCGCGAUGACAGGGACCGCCACAGGGAAUAUGAUCGCAGAGAUGACCGCGAAGCGAGAUACUGA